AUUCGGCUAGUUCCUUUGCGGAGGCAUUUGGGUUACUGAACUGUGUCCUCAAUGCUGCUUUAAGAUCAGUUAGGAUGGCCUCACAAUCCGAUUUGAUUCCCUGGAAAGCUGGCAUGUCACCAUAUUGCUGGAGAACUCUUUGUGCAUCUUUCAAUGUUGUGGGCAGCUUGAAAAGAAACUGCAACUUUUGCAAUAGACUAUGUACACCAGACAACUGGCUAAUUUUUUCCCUAGAUUCGUGCAAAGUGCUAUUAAUCUGCUCAGAUGAAGAUGUAAUAGAGGACAUAUUUGAAGCUAGAAGAUCCAUUUCAGUUUCCAUCUUUUUGAAAUCAUUUUUCAUCUGCAAGUAUAAUGGAUUUUAGUAUCGAGUGCUACACAAUGCUGCUAUAUAAUGGGAUAUACCAACCAGAAGGUGAUAUAAUGACUAUCUUGUUUUUUUGUAAAUA